AUUUUUUUAAUUAUAAAUACAAUAAAAAAUGUCUCAAGAUGAAAUAGUUGGCAGUGAUAUCCUGUUAGAAUUUCUGGAAGUAGCGUUCAAUCAUAUAUUGUUCUUCAGGAAUUUGUAUCCUAAAGAGAUUUUUGCAAAGAGAAAACUAUACGAUACAACGGUGUACGUUUCCGAACAUCCAGAGCUCAACGAGUAUUUAAAAAAUAUUUUGAACGCUAUCGGGGAACUGGUGAAGGAGAAUGAAAAUAACGUGAAACUGGUGAACCUUAUUUUCUACAACAAAAACAAACAACCGAUUGAAAAAUUUGCUUUCGAUCUAAUUAAAUUGCAAGCAGAUACCAGAGAAAAAGAUCCGUAUUACUUAAAGACUGAAGAAGGACUAAGGACAAUUUGUUUAAAACUAUCCAUGUGCGAAGCGUACCUGAAACCAUUGCCGGAGGAUUCAACUUUCUCUAUUGAAAUUCAAACGUACGAAACUGCUCACGUUGCUCUAAGUGAAAAUCCUCAUUGCGAUGAUUUUCCAUGGAUCAUUAACGAAGACGCCUUCGAAAUGACAAAUCAGAAGUUACUUCCGCUAAAAACUAUUAAAACUGACUGUUUGAAUUUGCAGAUGUAUGUGAUCGAGAGCGAAGAAAAUAAAAUUAUAAAUUAA